AUGCUGAUUUGUUUGGGCAUAGGACUUGCCACCGGUGCUCCAUUAGACCUCGAAAAUGAAGGCGGUAGAGUAGUCCCUUACAGGAUACGAAAUAUUCCAAGAGCUUCGUCGCCGGAUUUGCCACCCGUAGCUGCAGUCCACAAUCAGCCACACGCUCGAAUGAAGAAUACAGUGAAGCCGAAGACGGCAUUCGAAAGGCUGGCAGUCGACUAUAAGGAGCGGUUGACAGGUGCAGGUGAUAUGGACAAAAUACUGAAGACGCUCUACUCAAAUGCCUACAUUGCGUUGGUUGACGCGAAGGAGGCACCAAACGUCCGCCUUCCCCUGAAUAUAAGACGAGCAGAGCUCCAAUACGCUCAACGGUUGCAAUAA